UUCGGCCGUCAGUCAGUCGGUAGGGUCGUCUGAUGAUCCACCGGCGGCAGCGGCGGUGGAGGAGGAGAAGAAGGAGGAGUGGGUGGUCACCGUUAGAUUUUUUAGGCUGAUGGAGCAGGAGGGGGGGGGGCAGUCCAGCAGAAGCACCAGCAGCAGUGGGGCAAUUAAAGUUUGGGAUAAGUGCGCGACUUUAAGGGGAAAGCUGGUCCAGGCUGGCACAAUCUAAACUUUCUAUUGCCCUUUUCAGCCUAACAAUAAUAAUUAUAAUAAAAAUAUAGCUCGUUAUCAGCAGCGGAGCAGAACACGUUUAACUUAACGAGCCUCACAAAACAUGAGAAAAUUCAACGGCAGUCCGUUUGUUUCUGUCUCUCGCUUUUUUUUUUGGCACGGCAGCUCUUGUGAGCGCCGGCUGCAAAAAGAAUUGUGCCUUGUUGUGCUCCCCCCACCAACCACCCCCCCCUGCUCCGUGCCGCACUGGUUCCGUCUGGCUCGCCCUCAGCUGCUGCGUGUCCUGGGAUGACCUGUUGAUGUCGGUAGAAUGGAGAAUGGCAGGGGGAGCGAUUUCCCCCGUCGCCAAAAUAUUUAAAUAAGCAACAUUUUGGGCCUGACUAACCGGCGUCGCAGCACGGCUACCUCGUCCGCUCGGCCAACCUUUUUGGUGGUGUGCAUAGGCGCACCAUGGCCCAGACCCUCCAGAUGGCGAUCCCAAACUUCGGCAACAACGUUCUAGAGUGUCUGAAUGAGCAGCGGCUGCAGGGACUCUACUGCGAUGUGUCCGUGGUGGUCAAGGGCCAUGCUUUCAAGGCUCAUCGAGCAGUUCUGGCUGCUAGCAGUUCUUAUUUCCGGGAUCUUUUCAGCAGCAGCAACAACAGCAAUGGUGGAGGUGGCGGAAGCAGUGAGGCCAGCCCAGCCGUAGUGGAGCUCCCGCCGGCCGUGCAGCCUCAGAGCUUCCAGCAGAUUUUGGCUUUCUGCUACACAGGCCGUCUUAGCAUGACAGUGGGGGACCAGUUUCUUCUCAUGUAUACUGCCGGCUUCUUGCAAAUCCAACAGAUCAUGGAGAAAGGCACUGAAUUCUUCCUCAAGGUAUCCUCCCCCAGCUGUGACUCCCAGGGCCUUCAUGGAGAGGAGGCCCCACCUUCAGAGCCCCAGAGCCCUGUAACACAGACCAGUAACGGUGCAGCCCGGCCCGCCUCCUGUCUGACGCCGCUCCCUCUGGUAUCACGAGUUAAGAUGGAGCAGCCAGCGAGCCAACCAGAGGCGGCCACUCCUUACUCAGUGGUUUGCACUCCUGUAGCCAAGCGACUAUGGGAGGGUGGCAGCACCCGAGAUGGAGGUGGGGUAGGCUCAGGGGGAGGAGGAGGUGCCAGGAAAGCAGCCCGUUAUUCCCAGGAGGCAGUGCGGGGCAGCGCUAUCCACAGCCCCGGAGGUCUCGGACUGGCUGUGGGUAUGGGUGCCACCACGACCAACCUCGUGGGAAUGGUGGCCGGUGGUGGGAUUGGUGGCGGUGCCAGCACCAACGGGAAUUCUGCAGCAGGGCUUAUCAUGUCAGAGGGCGCCAGCCCUGGCACCCUGAGUACCUAUGCUAGUGACUCACCUAUCAGCUACCAUGAUGACGAAGAAGAAGAGGAGGGGACAGAUGAAAGUGCUGAGGAGCAGUACAGACAAAUCUGCAACAUGUACACAAUGUACAGUAUGCUCAACAUGGGAGCUGCAGCUGCUGGUGAGCGUGUUGAGGCUCUACCAGAUAACACGGAGACGCGAGGUCGGAUGCGUGGCAGAGAUCUUUCAUGUCUUCCUGCAGAACUUAUUGCCCAAAUAGGCAACCGCUGUCAUCCCAAACUAUACGAGGAAGGAGAUCCUGCUGAGAAACUAGAGUUAGUCUCAGGUACUUCUGUGUAUAUAUCACGAGCUCAGCUAAUGAACUGUCAUGUGAGUGCAGGGACCAGACACAAGGUGCUGCUGAGGAGGCUGCUGGCCGCCUUCUUUGACAGGAACACUCUGGCCAACAGCUGCGGGACAGGCAUUCGCUCGUCCACCAAUGACCCGAGCCGCAAGCCCCUGGACAACAGAGUGCUCCAUGCAGUCAAAUUUUAUUGCCAGAACUUCGCAACCAGCUUCAAGGAGAGCGAGAUGAACGCCAUUGCAGCCGACAUGUGCACCAAUGCCCGACGUGUGGUCCGUAAGAGCUGGAUACCCAAGCUAAAGCUACUGAUGGCGGAAAGUGACGCUUACUCUGCGUUCCUUCCUGAUGGUGUCAAGACAGAGGAAGACGCCCUGGGGGCGGAUCCAACCUUCGACCCUGCCUCAUUGGAGUCCGCCAGUGGUGCUGGUAUGGAGUCGGGCGGCUCUUCAGGUGAAUCGCUACCAGGUGUGGGUGGGGACGGAGGACCGUUAUUUUGAAUGUUUGGUGACGCACAUACCAGUAUUCCCCAGUUGCGCUUGCCUUCUCACUCUUUGGCCCACGCUGAUCUCUCACAUCUUGACUGUCUAUACUACACUGUUAGGGUCAACAGUUGUUGCCCUGAUGUAACCAGGACUUGAAAACUUAAGGUUUUUUUGCUUUGACUGUAUAAUGGAGGUAAUCAAGGAAAGGAAGGGCGUAAGAGGGUCUUUAGUUGUGUCCUAACUGCCCUCUGCCUCCCCUUGUCUUUUUAAGGUGUGUAAACGCAUCCACUGUUGCAUAUUAAAUACAUUCCCUGAGGUGCUGGUGGUUUGGGGGGAGGGCAGGGAGUUACUGGUGCAGCCUGAGGAGGAAGAGAUGGCUGGAUGGACAGAUUUCCAGGAGCAGAAGUGACGGGUAUAUUGAAUGUAAGUGUCGGUGGCAUUUUUCUCUAUGCAACCCUGACAACUUGUAUUCCAGCCUCGGGAAAGAAACUAAAUUUCAAAAUAGAUACAUUAUUAAAACAAAGUAACACUACCUGUUCUUCCUCCUCUUGCAUCUUCCACUGAUCACCCUGCAAGUAUUCUUCAGCCUCACCUCACCUUUCUUGAGACCAGAGAAUCUCACUCGAGUGUUUCACUGUGUGCUGUCUUAUAGAAAUAUAUCUCAUCUGCCUAUUUUUAUUUUCUUUGCAUGUUUCUCUGUCUGUAAACUGAAAAGUGAUCCAGUAAGAAGGGUGAAAGCUUUUUACUCAGAUUGUAAUGGGGAAAAAAAUGAAAUUUGAAGGGCAACAGGUAAUCAAAGACGGUCAUAUUUUUAGAAGACAAAAACUAUAUUUAUACAAGUGCCCAUGCCUAGAAUGGUGUGAGCAAAGAGAGCAAGAGGGAUUGUUUUAAAAUCUCAGUAUUCAGCUUUUAUUGAAAGAGGGCUUGUCAAGUAAGGAAAAGUGCUAUUUUUGCAGGAGUACAAUAAUAAUAAUGAAAGGAGUCUUAUCAUAAGAACCUCAGUCAUUUAUUUUUAUCCUUAUUUUACAGUGAAAGUGAUGGAAUGAGCAGUUGAACUGCUAAAUUUGACACAUUUCAUCUUUUGUCCACUAUCUUUAAAGGAAUAAUAAGACUGCUUCCGCUGGCACGACUGUGACUAUGAUUAGCAUUUCUUGUUAGGUUGUGAACCUGCAACAUUCGCCUCCUUUGAUACAGCAUUGGCCCACAGUUUUGAAGAUUACUUUUGGACAUUUAUAGGUUACAUUUAUCUGACAGCUCUGCUAGUUUAGCCUUCGAAGAAAAAUUCCUAAAAGGAGGGAGGAACAAAGUGACGUUCACAAGAAAUAAUUGUGAAAUGAACAAGUGCAUCUUUCAAAUCUUGACGUCAAUAAGCUGGUGGGCACAGUGAUGUCGCAGGGAGGCAAUGCUGCUUGAAGCAAAAAGGUUUUAAUGGUACUGUGUGUAUGUGUGUGUUCGACAUAGUUCUCUGGUAAGAAAGCCAAGUUUGUAUUGUGAAGAUGUGUCUUUGGUGUGUGGCUUAUUCAUGUAUGCAAUGCACCACCUCUUUCAUCUGGAAAUUCAAAAUGAGUUUUAUUUUGAAGUUUGAAAUGAUUUUGCACCUUCCAUGAGCGAUAAGAGUGGUGGUUUCUGCACCUUAUUGAGAAGAACUAGUAGUUCAUGCACCUUUUGAGAAGUGUUGUGUAGCAAUCAAACCCCUUUAGGUGGAAUUUGCUUUGUUUUUUUUUGUUUUUGUUUUUUUUUUUCUUUCUCCCAUGCCUGCCUGUAUUUGUUGUUUAGUAGUGGCACGAACGCCUACUGUAAAUAAUCAAGAAGACUGUUGAGUUGAAUCCCAAGUGUUCUUCUUUUUUUCUGUUGCUGAAUGUGUCUGAUUUAAGAAAUGUCAACAACUGACCUUUUGUAUGUGGAAGUUGGUGUUUGCUAGAAACCUUCUGAAUGCAUGUUAAUCUGUUAAGGACGGAGGUCAGUACAGGGGAUUCAUUCUUACAUUUGCAGGUGGAAAAACCUGAAAGUAGUCCGGGUCUGACUCGGAAUGUGUUCUUAACCUGAUACGUUCGCACGGACUGAUUACUUUCUCUUUCAGGAAAUUUUUUUUUUUCCAUAGAGGUUCUAUUUUUGUGUAGAGAGGUAGAGUUUGAAAGCCAGGAAGAUGCUGAUGCUUCCUAUCAAAGGCAGUUAAGUCUUACUGAAAAGAAAUAAAAUGACUAGUGGCAUGAUAAAGAUUCUAGCUCAGCAUAUUUUCAUUAUUGUUUCAAAUUCUAGGUUGGUUUAGGUGGGUGAUACAGUAUAUGGAUGAAACAUAAAUGCAGUACCUUGUGAGCAUUCAUUAAGGGUAAUAACAAAGAAACCUCAGUUUUGCAUUUGACUGUAGAUGCCACAUGAGCACCCCUCCCCCACAUACCUCAAGUAUCUUUGAAGACUGUUGUGCUUCCUGUCCCUUAUGCAGCUGGUGUCAUGUUUCACUCCUCCAAGUUUAUUCAUGCGCUUCAUAAAGGCAAAGCAGUGGUUUAUGUUUGAGCUGAAUUAUAAUGUCUAGCUUUAAUUUGUGUAGAGGUUUUCACAAGAUGUUGCUUCACAUUGUUUUAAGUAUGACUAUAAUUUUUUUUCAAAUCACCAGACUUGCCAGGCAUGUUAAAGUUGCCAUAAUCAGCUGAAAAGUUUGCUUUGUUACAUACUAUUACUCAGAAGAACUGUCAUUGAGUCUCCAAAUAAGAUAAAAUAUGACCAAUUAAGAUUUCAACGUGAGAAACACAUUUCUGUUUGUCUCCCACAGUAAUCAUAUUACUCAGUGACCCACUGAAUGACUUGUACUGUAUUGUGAGUCAUUAACGAGAGCUCGGCUACGCCAGUGAAUUGGUGUCGACUCUAAUGAAGCAGCUGCCCAACCCGUAUACGGAAAUGUCCCCACUGCACCAUUGACCUAGUAAGAUUAUGCUGCUGUUGUAGCUUCAAAGCUUUUACUACAUAUAAACAGUGAUUAGGGCCCAUGUUGCCAUCAGUUCAACAAGUUCAGUUGAAAUAAAAUGUGGUUCCGGGACAUUUCGGGGGUUUCACCCUGAAGUAAAAGUUCACUGACAGCUAAAAACUCCCUUAUUCAUAACUUGAUUGCUCAGUCGCUCAGUCCUCCAUCAUCACUAGGUAUGUGGGUGUUACUCGUUUUUAAUUUGUGUUCUUUUGAGAGCUCUCUUGCUUUUUUUUUUUUAUUGCACAUUCUAAGCAAUUUCUCUACCUUUCAGCGUACGUGUUUACACUUACAAAAUGUAGACCUACACACUUGAAUGGAUAAGGUGUGGCACGGCAUUGGGAACCUUUUGUCACUAAACAGUACAUAGAUAAAUAUGAUUAUAUACAUGUAUAGAUAAAUACUGUAUAUUAUAUAUAGACGCACACAUAGUUUGUUUGUUGUGCACUCGCAGCAUGAGGUAUAUAUUUACCCAGAUACAAUGCUUCUCUUCACAACCUGUGCAGUUAUUGGUCUGCCCAUGUCUUUGCCCCUGCUCUUUGCCCUCUGUAACCCUGUAGCACCAGUGGACCUCCUGUACUGCUCAUCCUCUUUCUGUGUUCCAAGUGCCAAUAACUUUGUGAAAGCCCUGUAACUGUGACCCAACAUUAUCAAAGGUAAUUGCACAUUAACAACUUUAAGAUAAAUGAAUACAAAUCAUAGAGAAAAUGUCAAAAAUGGAACAAAUAAUGAGUAUCUUAAUAAAAGAUUUGUAACAAUU